UUGACUUAUCAUAAUCUUAAUAACAUCAAACCAAAGAUUGGAGAAAAUGAAUGCUCUCGCCGCCACGAACCGCAAUUUCCGGCAGGCGGCUCGCAUCCUCGGCCUCGACUCCAAGAUCGAGAACAGCCUCUUGAUCCCCUUUAGAGAAAUCAAGGUGGAGUGCACAAUUCCGAAGGAUGAUGGCACGUUGGUAUCCUACAUCGGCUUCCGAGUACAACACGACAAUGCACGCGGCCCCAUGAAAGGCGGCAUCCGCUUCCAUCCCGAGGUGGACCCUGAUGAGGUGAACGCGCUUGCUCAAUUAAUGACUUGGAAGACGGCUGUUGCUGAUCUUCCCUAUGGCGGAGCAAAGGGUGGGAUCGGGUGCAAGCCCAAGGACCUCACCACGAGCGAGUUGGAGCGUCUAACUCGUGUAUUCACUCAAAAAAUCCAUGAUCUCAUCGGAGACAACACUGACAUUCCUGCUCCGGAUAUGGGCACUAAUGCUCAGACAAUGGCUUGGAUAUUGGAUGAGUAUUCCAAGUUUCAUGGUUACUCUCCGGCAGUUGUCACAGGAAAGCCAGUGGACCUUGGUGGAUCACUUGGUCGGGAGGCUGCAACGGGCCGUGGCGUCGUGUACGCCACUGAAGCAUUACUUGCCGAGCAUGGAAAAUCGAUCGAGGGCUUAACGUUCGCCAUUCAGGGGUUUGGAAACGUUGGAUCGUGGGCAGCGAGGCUGAUUCAUGAAAGAGGCGGGAAAGUGGUCGCAGUGAACGACAUAACCGGGGCUAUCCAGAACCCUAAGGGGAUCGACAUCCCGGCAUUGCUUCGGCACAAAGACGCCACCGGCCGUCUAGAUGGUUUUGGUGGCGCAGAGACGAUGGCGCCCGACGAGCUACUUACCAUCCGGUGUGACGUGCUUAUCCCAUGUGCUCUCGGAGGAGUCCUCAAUAGGGAAAACGCUGGAGAUGUGAAGGCGCAAUACAUCAUAGAAGCUGCCAAUCACCCUACUGAUCCAGAAGCUGAUGACAUCUUGUCCAAAAAAGGAGUUAUAAUUCUUCCAGACAUAUAUGCAAAUGCAGGAGGUGUGACAGUUAGUUAUUUCGAGUGGGUUCAGAACAUUCAAGGAUUCAUGUGGGACGAGGAGAAGGUGAACCAAGAGUUGAGCAGAUACAUGACCCGAGCCUUCCGAGAGAUAAAGAACAUGAGCCGAACACACAAUUGCAACCUUCGGAUGGGCGCGUUCACACUCGGGGUCAACCGUGUUGCCCGUGCCACGUUCCUCCGAGGUUGGGAAGCCUAAGAUUGACAUAGUUUGUCUUUCACCUUUUCAAGAAUUUCAUUCACAUUGUUGUGUUUCUAAUUGUUGCUCACCCUGAUGGUUAAAGACUCAAGAGUCUUUUUAUGUAU